ACUCGUAGCUGUUUUAUGACUGACAGUAGCCCUUGUUUCAAAACCGUCAGGAACCAGACGUUGACGGAAAAGAUGGCGGCAAACUGCUUCAUGAAUUACAUUAUGGAUUAUAACGGUCUACAAGGGAGAGUUGAAAUUGAAGAAUGCGAAGUGUGCGGCGGCAUAGCCAAGUUCCAUUGUGUACAGUGCAAUAAUUUCAUAUGCACCAAUUGUAAAAUAACUCACGAAAGACGCCCAGUCAGUGAUGUCCACCAAUUUUGUACCAUUGCAGAAUUGAAUACGCAUAAUUGGAGGCAGCGACAUUUAAGGGAGAUUUUGUGUGCUCGACAUAGAUAUUCAAUCUCGUCCUAUUGUAAGUCAUGUGAAACUCCCAUGUGUGAGAAAUGCGACGAAACUCACACAGGUCCGCAGCACAAUAUCAUACCUGCCGAUGUCGCAUUUGAACAAUAUAAACAAGCAGCAGAAAAGUUAGUGGCAGAUGGAUUUCAAUUAGAAAAUUUGACUAGAGAGAAACUGGCAACAGUUGAAGAGACAAAAAAGGUAUGGGUGACGUCGACUGUGAGGUGCGAAAAAGAGAUUAUAGCAUAUGUAGAUCGUUUGCAAAAACAGCUGGACUGUGCCAAAGAUAAUCUAUUAGAAAACCUGAAUGAAAUAAGUACGCAGAAAGAAGCACAACUCGACGAAGAAAUACAGAACUUAAAAUUGAUCAAAGAGAACGUGAAAAGCGCACGCUUGAGAAAUGAGGGUCUUAUGGGGACACAGAACCCAAAUGGCGCUCUCUAUAUGAUCAACGAGGGCCUGCAACAACUACAUGACGCUCUUCAGAACAUACCUGCUCUUCAUCCUGUAAACACGGGAAAUCUUGAGUUUGAUCCGGAUCUCGAGUGCCUUGAGGGGUUCAAGUUAGGUAGUGUAUAUGAAGGGGGUUUAUUGGAUCCGUCGCAAUGUGUAACAGAUAUCACAUCGAAGAUCGAAAAAACAGUCGGCGAGUUCAUACAGUUCAGACUGACGACUAAUGAUUCGAAUGGCAGAAAGAAGGACGUUAUAACGGAUUCAAUAUCCGUUGUGCUUCAGAACGAGUCGGGCGAUCAGGUGAAUGGAGACGUUUCCGAGAUCUGCAAAGGCUUAUUUCAGAUAACCUGCCUGUGUAAGUGGGAAACUGAGUGCAACCUUAGUGUCGGUGUCUUCGGCGAGCCAAUUUCAGGAUCACCAUUUCCAGUAGUUGGUCUCCGUCACCAGCUACUCCUGAAGAGCAUUGACACUGGAAACUAUUUCACGAAAAAGAAAGGCAAUAUAGAUGAUGUGUGCUUCACAACCGAUGACAUUCUGUUAGCUUGCAACUCGACAAAUCAGAUUCUCAAAUUUGAUUUAAAGGGCAAUUACAUAAACACCUUCUGUCUAGAGGAGGGGAAAGAAAUCCAAGGUAUCUUCUGCAUCGAUUUUGAUCGGAUAGCAGUGACAGAAAAAACGGGAUGCGAAGUUCUGAUUUGCAAACAAGAUGGCGUUGUUGUUCAUCAGUUCGGAAAAGGAGUAUUGCUGAACCCGAAAGGCAUUGCCGUGUCAGUUAAAAGAAAUGAGGUCUUUGUCGUCGACUGCCAAGCACACUGCGUCUUCCGAUUCAGUAUUGAAGGUCGUCUAUUGUGCAAGAUUGGUGGGAUUGGCAAUGCCGAAGGAAAAUUUAACACUCCCCACUCAAUCGCAGUAAUAAACGAAGGCGAUGACUUUAUCGUCUCUGAUAGCCUUAACCAUCGUCUGCAAGUUUUCAAGCAUGAUGGGAAAUUUCUCAGGACCAUUGGAUAUGGUCGUGGGCAAGGAAAUGGUAAACUUGAGUUUCCCAGAGCGGUAGCCCUGCAUGGCAAGGGUCACAUAAUUGUUGGAAGCAGUGACAGAUUGCAGUUAUUUGAUCAACAGACAGGCCAGUAUGUCACACGUCUUGAUCAUCGAAACGAUGAUGUAAAGUACCCGUACGGAAUAGCAGUCGACAAGGGGAAAAUCGCCGUGGCCAACUGGAGAGGCUUAGGAUCGAAAUCGGCAAACAUUAAGACAUUUAAAGAUGCAUAUGAGCAAUUGAUCAAUAACGAGUAAAGCUAUUAUCCCAGUAUUUUUUAAUAAGUAUUAAUACAAAGUAAAAAGUAGGCAUACGCUAAAUGAGUUUUUUAAGCUCUUGCCAGUUAAAAAUGUCUUCGGUUAUAAAAUGUUGUGUGCUGCAUCACCCCGCUGCGCUUUUAAACUUUCAUAUUUAAAAAUCUGUGUUUUAAUUUAUGACGAGUUGGUGAAACGUUGUUCGGACAUGUUCGGACUUCGGACUGACGGCCUGAUUUUAUAAAGUGCAUGUUGCAUAUCACUGUAGACUAGAGGUGAAGAAACCAAUUAGUUUGUGUCAUAAUGCUAUAUGAGUGUGUCUGACGUAAUUUCUAACUUCUAUUAUUGUGUCCGUAUUUAUUAACCUUUGUAACAUUGUUUUUUAAGUAUAGUAUUUCAGAUGAUCUCUCUUUGCAGAUGAUGUAGUUAAGUCCUUGAUAGAAAACAUGUAACAUGCCAAUCAGUAUAUGCGUCCGAAACCAUUACCAAAUGAUUACUUUAUUUCGUACAUUAAUAAUACUUUUGCAAAUAAAUUAAAAGAAAAAUUAAGCAAUCUGAUGGCUAAUUAAACUGUAGGCCCAUCUUUGCAAGCAUGGGUGUUACGUAGGUCAGAGUUUACACCUUCAAGAAAACAAUGACGAAUCAUAUACAAAGAACUAUUGUAAACAACCGAAGCAUGACGUUAACAACAAGCUAAUAUUAUUUAAGUUAGUCUACAUAUAGAUUGAUCACGUUAGUCGAUCGAUAGCAUUGUGAAAAAUGUAAUAAAAAUAAAUAGUUUUUCUGGUCUAUUUAAACAGUUUCUCAAGGUGCAUUCUGAACUGCAGGUGUAGUAGAAGAAUAUCUAGCAAAAAUUUCGUAGGUAAGGCCUGAUUUUGUAGUAGAAUAGCUUUUUUUUCUAUACGUACCUUGUUGUCUACGUGUGAGAGCUAUUUCAACUCAAUGGAGCAUACAAUUCAAUGCACUGAAAACAGUAAACUGUUGACUGAACGAAAGACAGAACGCUGAACUUGAAUUGUUAACAUAGUCCUUGAUCUGUAUAGUCAUGUCACAGUAAACUAGAAGAGACUUAAUUAUACGUACCGUCAUAGUGAUAUGAUUGCCGUAGGUGUUUUUUUUAUUUACAAUUAAGUCUCGUUCAGCGAAAUUUAGUUAUAGUCAGCUAUCUCAAACCUAUAAAGAUUCUUAAGUAUCAGAAAUACAACGAACUGCUGGAAAAACAUAUACAUGACGCCUACAACGCGAUAUUCUUGGUCAUACCAAGGAGGUAUAAUAUAUGUUUGUAUAAUAUAAUGUAUGUAUGUAU